AUGCAUGCUCGCCGCGGCGGCCUCACUGGCUGGAUGUGGCUGCUGCUCAGUCCUGCCUCCCUCCAGCUUUCUCAUGCCGGAGGAAAAGAUGAGGUUCAGCAGCGAACCCACAGUUUCCCAGCGCCCGCUGGCAUGAUGGUUUGGUUCCGACGGCGGCGAAAGAAAGGCAGGAGCGCCCACAAGCAGACGCAGGGAACUAGUCGGCCUCAGUCGGGGGCCAGUAGAGACCGUGACCCCGACACGCUUGAAAGCCCCCUGAUCUUCCCAGGUUCUGUCCCGGAUGGAGUCACGGUUCUACACGACUGCCCCAGCGCCACAGUUGACAUCUGCUUCAUUCACAACCUGGCCGGGGACCGCGAGAGCUCAUGGACCGGCGAGGGCCAGUCUGCACCCUGGAUCAAGACCCUCCUGCGGCCGAAGCUCAACCGUGCCCGGAUUCUGGCGUACAGCUACAACGCAUAUGUCGUGCGCAAGUCGGUCACAUCGCCUAACCGGUUGAUCUACUAUGCUACGGACCUUCUGAACGACUUGACGACAGACAGAGCCCGCUGCAAUGCCUCAUCUCGCCCCAUCAUAACCGCCCUUGACUGUCUUAGAUGGCCGGCUCUUCCUCAAAUGGAAACUCGAUCCCAUGAAAUUAGCAGGGUGGCCGAAGCGACAUGCAGCUCGCUGCUCCAACACAUGAGGUACAGGGGCUGGGCAACCUGCGACCGAGGCCUGCUCUGGAUCAAGGGAAAGCCAGGCUACGGGCAGUCAACAUUGCUCAAAUACGCUCUCGACAAUCAUGGAGCUCGAGUCGACAGCCUUGUCCUCUCAUUUUUCUUCCAUGGCCGUGGCGACGAACUCCGGAGGACGCCUCUUGGCCUCUUCCGGUCUCUUCUCAACCAAGUCCUUGCGCAGGCACCCCAUGCAUUACGGGAUCUCGUGGACAUGUUUGAAACGAAGCUCAAGCAGAACGGCGAGCUGGAUGAAGAAUGGAAUCGGUAUGAGGGGGAACUGCGGCCCUACGUCGAGUCGUCUCUUCCAAAACUCUCUCAAACUCGUCCAGUCUGGUUCUUGUUGGCUUCGGACGGCUCCGCAACGCCGGCCGAGACGGCAACUAGAGCUCACCUUCGGCUCCCCAAGAUAUGCAUCCGCUACCUGGCAUUGGCGGAGAUGACCGUGUCGACAACCUACUGGAGCUACGAGAACAACCCCUACGGCUUCUUGCCUUACAAUGCAAAAACGAGGUCUACGACGCCGUUGCCACUGCUUCUCAGCACGGACGAAGUCGACAUUAAUGCGAGGGAUGAAGUGGGCCGGACGCCUCUACAUUGGGCUGCCGCCACUGAGCACGAGACCGCCUUCAAGCUGCUGCUCGUGACAGUGUCGCGUACGGACACGAGGGACGUCGUCAAAGCAUUGCUCGAUACCGGUGGAAUCGACCUCAAUACGAGGUAUGAGAGACUCGGGACGCCGCUAUUGGCGGCCGCCGAGGGCGGGGACGAAGACAUCGUGAAGUUACUGCUCGGCACAGGCAAAGUCGACAUCAAUGCCAAGGAUGACAAUGGCCGGGCGCCGUUGUCGUAUGCGGCAAUCAAAAGCCACAAGCGCAUUGUUAAGCUCUUGCUCGAUACUGGCAGAGUUGACGUCAAUGCGAAGGAUAACAAUAGCCAGGCGCCGUUGUCGCUGGCCACUGAGCACGGCUACGAGCCGGUGAAUACAAUUUGCACCGUGGUUGAGGGCUCCCGAGAGCGUAUGCGACUUGGAAAGUCAAUUAAGUCCUACGUGGUGAUACUCCGGGAAGUUCUGUGA